UUGGGCGGUUGGCAGCCGCGGCGACCCUUCCUGGUGGCGGGGGUGCCAUGGCGCUGCCCUGGCUGCAGCGCUUCGAGCUCUUGCUCUUCACCGCCGCCUUCCUGUGCGGCGCCGUGGCGGCCGCGACGCUGACCCGGACCCAGGGCUCCUUCAGUGGCCGCUGUCCCCUGUAUGGUGUGGCCGCCCUGAAUGGCUCCUCCCCGGCCUUAGCCCAACCCUCGGCCCCAUCCCUCUGCUACUUUGUGGCGGGGGUCUCUGGCCUCCUGGCCCUCUACUGUCUCCUGCUUCUGCUCUUCUGGGUCUACAGCAGCUGCAUCGAGGACUCCCACAGAGGUCCCAUAGGGCUCCGCAUUGCACUGGUCAUCUCAGCUGUAGCCAUCUUCCUGGUCUUAGUGGCUGCCUGUAUCCUUCGAUUUGGCACCCGUUCUCUCUGCAAAUCCAUCAUCUCCUUGAACAUUACAAUUAGCUGCUCUGAAGCCCAGAAACUUCCAUGGACACCCCCUGGAACCGCCCUGCAGUUUUACUCCAACCUACACAAUGCUGAAACCUCUUCUUGGGUGAAUCUGGUAUUGUGGUGUGUGGUCUUGGUGCUUCAGGUGGUGCAGUGGAAGUCCGAAGCCGCCCCAUACCGGCCUCUGGAGCGGGGCGACCCUGAAUGGAGCUCUGAGACAGACGCUCUCGUUGGGCCACGCCUUUCCCAUUCCUGAGGAGUAACCAAAGAACGUUUCGUGCAGCCAAAGACUCUUGUGCCCAAGUGCCUACAAUCCUGUUGCCCCCUCAUGGCCCUUUUUAUGCUGGGAGCCUGUUUUCCCUCCACGAGGGAAACAUGAUGAUAGGCCCCCUCCACCUCUCUUCCUACAGCUGUUUUUGUACCAGAAUAUUAUAUUACUUUCUUCCUUCAUCUUGGUACUGAGUUCUUGGUGUUAAAGCACUGUAGGCAGGUGGAUGGGAGGACAGAGCUAAACAGAUAGGGAACAAAAGUCAG